AUGUAUGACCAUCGUCAUCCUGGCUCACAGACAACAACACCUGCGUCAAAGAAAACCGUUGUUGUGCUUGGCAGUGGAUGGGGUUCGACUUCAUUUUUGAAGACAAUCGAUACGGACAAGUACAAUGUGGUCGUAGUGUCGCCCCGCAACUAUUUCCUCUUCACACCUUUAUUGCCUAGCUGCACUGUAGGCACCGUCGAUAUUCGUUCCAUUAUUGAACCUAUCCGAUUUAUUACUCGUCAUAAGAAUAACGCCAUCAAAGUUUAUGAAGCUGAAUGCACUGAUAUUGAUCCUGAAAAGAAAGUCAUUACCAUUGCAGGCAAGUCACUUGGAUAUACCACUGAAAUUAAAGGCGAAAUAUCCGAAAACACCAUUCCGUAUGAUUAUCUUGUCGUGGGUGUGGGAGCCACCAACCAGACGUUCGGUAUUGAAGGCGUGGAAAAAUACGGCUGUUUCUUGAAAGAAGUGUGGGAUGCACAAAAAAUCCGCAGAAAAUUGAUGGAUUGCAUUGAAACGGCCGCUUUCCCCGGUCAGACGGAAAAGGAAAUUGAACGUCUUUUGCAUAUGGUCGUGGUCGGUGGUGGUGCCACCGGUAUUGAAUAUGCUGCCGAACUUCACGACUUUUUGGUGGAAGAUUUGAAAGCAUGGUAUCCAGAGCUCGUCGGCAAAGUGAAAAUUACUUUGGUGGAGGCAUUGCCGAAUGUGUUGCCUGCGUUCUCCAAAGAAUUGAUAAAGUACACGGAGUCGACGUUUAAAGAGCAAAAUAUCAGCAUUCACACGAAAACCAUGGUGAAGGAUGUAAAGGAAAAGGAGUUGGUGGUACAAGGGCCUGACGGUACUACCAGCACGAUGCCUUUCGGCUUGCUCGUUUGGGCGACGGGCAACACGGCUCGACCUUUGGUCCGAAAACUGAUUGCCAAGAUGCCGGACACACAGAAAGAACGCAAAGGACUUGCAGUCGAUGACUGGUUGCGUUUGAAAGGUUCUGAUAGCAUUUAUGCUAUUGGGGAUGCAGCGGUCACAAAAUACGCCCCUACGGCUCAGGUUGCAUCACAAGAAGGCAAAUAUCUUGCCACCGUAUUCGACAAAUUGGCCAAAGCCGAACAAUUGGAAGCUGAAAUCGUUUCAAUUCCUGAAGAUCAAAAGAUGAAACUCAUGCGCAAGUUACAGAAACUUCGAGAAAUCAAACCAUUCCACUAUUCCCAUCAGGGAUCGCUUUGUUACGUUGGUUCUGAUAAAGCCAUUGCUGAUUUGCCAUUGGGUCUUGGCAACUUUACAUCAGGAGGUGUGGCUACUUAUGCAUUCUGGCGUUCAGCUUAUAUUUCCAAUCUGUUUUCCCACCGUAACCGCUGGCUUGUCAUCAGCGAUUGGACAAGAAAGACUCUGUUAGGACGUGAUAUCUCGAGAGAAUAA